GCUGAAAUGUGCGACCUAUAGACUUUCUAUAGAAAAAUUGAGACCUGCCUCGAUCAAUCAAUUUUGAAGAGGCGCUGAAGACGAUGCAACCUUUACUAAUAAAAUUACGCACUCGUGGAAGAUUUAGACAAGACGAAUUAUAGGAUCUAGUUUUGCAUAUAAUAAAGUAACAAUGGGUAUGAUAAAUGCUAAAUCAACUUUAGUAAGUGCAGAAUCGAAGGAAUCUGAAAAACCUAAUAAACCUCUUAAACCUUGUUGUGCAUGUCCUGAGACGAAAAAAGCGAGGGACGAUUGCAUUAUCACCAAAGGCGAGGAACACUGUGGGAAUUUAAUAGAAGCGCAUAAAGCCUGUAUGAAGUCAAUGGGUUUCAACCUAUAAAUGUAAACUAUUAUUAAUUUAGAAAACAAUAAAGGCUGUAAUGAUUUA